AUUCGUUGUGUGGUCAAUUAUGUCACACUGCUCUUUUCUUGAUUAUUAAGGAAAACAAGGAUACCAUCAGGUCAGUUUUUCAGUGAUCUGACGACCUUAUCCCAUAUCAAGUCCACGAGCAGGCUGUCAGUGUACAAGCCUUGACUUUUGGAGCCGUGUUUUAGGUAUACUCCAAGUUGGGUAAAGGAUAAAACUAUAAUUACGGAGGAUAAACACAGAUUGCAGAUUUAGUUCAUUACGUUACGUUUUCCCCUCUUGUCUGAAGUAUUGCUAGUACCUUGUUGAGCACGGUAUCUGUAAGUUUGGAUAGACUGAUCAAGACUGAACAAUAUCCAUUAUUUUUGUUGACAUGGAUUGAGCAAUAUCCUACCAAUAGUCCGUGGACCAAUCAAUCCGGCGGUUCCUUGUCUCGCAGUUGCAGCACCUGCCUGUCCCUUUUGGAUUUUGGCGACGCCCCCCUUGUCACCGCCUGAUAGCAUCUGCACAUGAACCGUGCCGCGAACUUCCGAAGCUGCAAGAUCAGAAUGGAUCAGGCUAGCACGGCCGGUGCUAGCGACAAGCCAGCUGCUGCGACCAGCAAUGAUUCGUGGAGGAGAUCAACCAGCGGGGACGUGCUGCCGGCGACAGCAGGCGGCGGCGGCUGCUUCGACUGCAACGUCUGCCUGGAGUUCGCGGUGGAGCCAGUGGUGACCCUCUGCGGCCACCUCUACUGCUGGCCUUGCAUCUACGAGUGGCUGCGCCGCCGUGGGCACGCCGACGACAGAAGCGUCUCGACAAGGCAGCCGUGCCCCGUGUGCAAGGCCGCGCUGACGCUGGACUCGUUCGUGCCGCUCUACGGCCGUGGAGGCGUCCGGCCCAAAAAGCCACGGCCAUGCGGCCCGGCCAUCCCGCGCCGGCCGGCCGUGCACCGGGAGGCCGUCGAGCAACGGAGCGCGCAGCACGCGGACACGGAAUCCGAUCCGUCAACCCGUCCACCUCGCGACGACGCGCCGUUGGACGUCUUGUACCCUCCUCCUCCACCGCUCGGGCGCGGCAUGAACGUGAUGCACUCGGCGUCCGGAGGGACGGCCUUGGCAGCGCUGACAUGGUUUUCCCGUGGCGAGGUGCCGCCGCCGUACUACUCGAGCCCUUACCACCUAGCCGCGUGGGAGAACAGGAGCCCUAGGCUGAGAAGGCAGCACAUGGAGGUGGAGAGAUCUAGCGUUUGGUGUACAUAGUAGAAGAUUUCAAGUUGUCCAUAUGAUAAAGAGUUGUGAUCAUGCGUGAGAAACUACUCCGACCAAGAUCAAAACCCCCGUUAACAGGAAUUGGUGGAGUCCAGCGAUAAGAUGAAGGGAACAGUUGAUGCAAGGGAGUAUGUCGAAGAAAUGUGAACUCUCAGAGAUCAGAUCACACUAGUGCACUGAAAUUAUGAAAUGCACAAAGCGUCCAAAACUCAAAGACUGUAACUAAAACAUUUUGGCCAGAUCAUCAUUUAAACUAGGGAUCUAUCUUCAUGUUUUGGCCACUACCAAUGUAGCAGUUAGCCCAAAAUGUAUGUGUAGUGUGCUUACAGAAAGAAUGCACUGGUCAGUAA